GUCAAACGUCAGCACGCGCUGCUGGAGGUUUGCUAUUUUCUAACCGUGCGCCGUCGAAGGCCGUGAGGGAAGAGCGGUGGGAAAAUUGCUAUCACACACCGACGACAACGACACAUGCACAGUCGCUCAUCCACGCACAACACAACACAACAACAUUCCGAGCAGUGCAAACACCAGUUGAAAAUCGUUUGUUACUGUAAAGUCGCAGUAAAGAAACGACGAAGCAACGAAGCUGUAUUUACCACACAUUCCAGCAGCAGCAGCAGUAGUGGUGUUGUGGUGGUACAAAUUGUUGCGCAGGCUGGUGGUGUGUUCCGUACCCCGAAACCCCGUACACUAGCGAAUGCGUUGUCGUCGUCGAACCUUGAGCGAGUGGAGUGAGGUGGUGGCAAUCCAGAUGGGUAAUUAGUGUGCAGGGGUGUGAGCGGUGCAUGCGAUAGGCGCGAUAAGACCGUGAUAAGACAGGUUGAACGGAACGGGAUUAGAAUUCAACACACAACCAGCGAGUGGUGCGCGCGCGGUUCGCUAUCGUGUAUAUAUCGUCGCCGUGCUUCCGGUAUGAACAACUGCCCAACAACAUCCAGCACACUUGCCCAAGCGCUACCAUAUGUUGCAAAUUGCCGAUAGAUACCGGGGGGUGAAAAGACCGCUGCAUGCUGCCCGGUGAACGUUGAGGCAAACGUGGCAAGUAUUACGAACGUUCAAACAAGAACAACACACGCACAGUACGCUUUGGAACACGGCACAAUCAUCUUACCCCUCGCGCAGACUUAUGUGAUAGCUUUCUGCAAGCUUUCGAAUGCAUUUAAUGCCAGUGAAUUGGAUUUACCUUCUACGCCCGAGGCGCGUGCAGAUUCCAGGUAGAUUCCUAUAGGGUUAGUACAGCUUUCAGCAGCAAAAUCCAGUUUGGAGUAUUUUCUGUGCCAUCGGACGAGUCACAUUCUGCCCUUAAAAGUUAGCAAACGCGUCCCAGUACCAGGCGUACUAGAACCAUAGCAAGAAAACAUGGUCAACAUCAAGUAUGAACGAGUGAAGCAAACGACGGAUCAGGAAGGAGCCGGUGGCGGGCUGGAGGAAGAAAUAGAGCUCGAAACCAACAGACGAUCGGACCACGGUCAGUACCACCAAAGCAACAACAGUCUGCACGCCAGCUAUGGCCACCACAACCAGUACAUCGUCACCACGACCGCCGGGGGCAGUAAAAGUUACGCGGACGGUGGCGGGGGCGAUACGCGCAAGAAGCACGCCUUCACGAACCGGAUCGUCGUAACGCUCGUGCUGAUCGUUUGCUACUUUUCCCUCUCGAUCGGGCUCACCUUUUACCAGCGGCAUCUGCUGCAGCACUUUAAGCUACCGCUGUUCGUGGUACUGUACCAUCUGGUAAUCAAGCUGCUGCUGGCGGCGGCCGUGCGCGCCGUGCUGCGUUGUGUGACGCGCAAACCGCGCAUCCUGCUCGACUGGCGGACGUCGGUGCGCAAGAUACUGCCCACCGGGUUGGCCAGCGGGAUCGAUAUUAGCUUCUCGAACUGGGGUCUCGAGCUGGUCAAAAUAUCACUGUACACAAUGACCAAAUCCACAACGAUCGUCUUCAUAUUGAUAUUUGCCAUACUGCUGAAGUUGGAGAAGAAGAGCUGGUCGCUUGGGGCCAUUGUCGUCAUGAUCUCCGGCGGACUGUUCAUGUUCACCUACAAAUCGACCCAGUUCGAUGCGCUCGGCUUUUCCUUCCUGCUGUUUGCCUCCCUUUCGAGUGGCAUCCGUUGGACGUUUGCGCAGCUGAUCAUGCAAAAGUCGAAGCUCGGUCUGCACAACCCGAUCGAUAUGAUAUUCCACAUGCAGCCAUGGAUGAUACUGUCCGUACUGCCGUUUACCAUCGGAUUUGAAGGACGAAAGCUUCUCGAAGGUUACGACCUGGUGCAGCAGCUACCGUCGGCCGUUGUGGUCGAUAUGUGGGCGAAAAUUUCCAUCGGAGCGUUCAUAGCGUUCGCGAUGGAGGUGAGCGAGUUUAUGGUCCUCACCAACACCUCUAGUCUGACCCUGUCCGUUGCGGGCAUAUUUAAGGAAAUUUGCCAACUGAUACUCGCGGUGGAGUUGAACGACGAACAUCUCAGCACGGUCAAUGUACUCGGGCUGGUCAUGUGUCUGGGCGGUAUCUGCUGCCACGUGGUGCAUAAAUUCCUAACCUACCGGGAUGAAACGACCAAAUCGGCGCUCUCCUCGCUAGACAAAUCCACCGGUGGCUACCUCGAGGACCACGACGACGAGGACGACGACAUGCGCCCAUCCGCUGGUGGAUUGGUAGGCAAAAACGGUAGCCUCAAGUUCGGCAAUGGUGGCACCGGGGGCAGUGUUGGUGGUGGUGGUGGUGGUGGUGGUAGUGCAGCUGGAGUACGGUUCAAGGGUGGUCAGUACCGACCGCUGCUGGUGAACGAGGCACGCGACGCGGACGACUCGGACCAUCUGGUGGUGGAGAACCGGAACUACCUGUCGGACGACAGCGAGCAGGAGGAGAACGGUACGCAGGACGUGCUGUUCGACAUACUUAAGCGCCGCGAGCGAUAGUCAUUCCAAGGAAGGGAAAAGAAGGGGUUGGGGGUGUAAGGGUAUGAUUGUUGGAUAGAGCAUUUUUUAAGUUGUUAUUUGUUGUAGUUUUGCGUAAGCGUAAUGCUGCUUCAGGGCGCUCUGCUGCUUUCCGUGUAGCAGGCAUUAUUCCAGUCACUUGAAUUGUAUAGUGUACCAUUAUUACUUAAUUUUGAAGCUACCAUGCAUUUCCGCAAAAACAAGUAUUCACAUUUCCAUGCCAUAUACAUGUCGAUGUGUGUAGGAAGCCGAUUUUAAACAGGUUGUUUUAUUAUUAUUAUUAUUGGGGGUUUGUUUUAUUAUCAACGCUUAAGCGGGGCGUGGGCACUAUUUUGUGGAUUAAGCAAAUGUAUGUGAUGUAUGUUUUUUUGGUCCUUUUCUUUGUUUGUGUUUAAAUUAGACUGAAUUUAAAAUUAGCAAAGCUUAGUUAGUAUAAGGAGUGUGUGAGUUAGCACAGAAGCGGCUUAUUGAAUGACUGAUGUGCAUUGUGGGGGAAAGGGUUUGCCGCUUACGGUAUAGUUUGUGUACUACUACUACUACUACUACUACUUACCCCUUUACACUCUGAUACCUACGUGAGGUCUGUGUGAGACGAUCGACUAGCAAAUUCAAACACUAUUCCAAGCCAGUUAUCAAUUCCCUUUCAACCUUUUACCAGAAGUACCGAGAACCUCCAGUGAGGGCACCUGAGUGAGUGGAACAUAGUCAGCGGUCAACGCAGUCAAUCCCCCGCCGGAUUUUUAUUACUGUAUAGAAGGAAUUAACUAAUAAAACUGGUUUGCUGGUACGAAAAAUAAAACGUACCUUAUUUUUUUACGUACACCACUUACCUCCUACUGGUGGUCGAAACUGA